AAAAAGAAGACAUGAACAAUGUAGUUUCUGCCAGAAAUGUAGUUACGGCCACACAGCAUGAAGCUUUGCUUGAUGGGUGUCCAGAGCUAAGACCUGCUGGAGACGCGUUAGUGAUUGAUCCCACCAACAUCCACUUCCGCUUCAUUUCCUCGCCCGUCUAUCUCCAUCACCACCAACCACCUCCAUCUCCAUUCAGGCCCGUUCAUCUUCUUUUCCCUCUCUGUUCCCUCCUUUCUUCCUCUAACUAUCAAGGACAAAGCCUUUUUGGGCUGUCCCUCUUGGGUUUUAUCAAACGACCCCGACAUUCCCCGUGUUCCCCGCCAGCUGGACUAGCGGAUGCAGCUGUCGACCCUGACCCUGGUCCACGCAGCCCAUCGUCAAUCAAUAUCUCCCUAGUAUCCUGUGCCUGCAGUGUGCAUAUUCAAUAUUCGUAUAUUGCACACGCCAUUUCUCCUCUGCGAGACCGCAGCAUUCCUUAUCUCCCCCCAAUCCUGACUUCCUUUCGCGGGAUCCUUCCUCCGGCACGGACAACAAUAUAAUACUUGAUUUCGCCUUGACGGCAAUUACCCGAACGGGGCCAUUCCUCUGGUCCUGCGGGACUCCAGUUUAAGCGGCAUGGGUUCAAUCGCGGACGCGUGUCUGUCCUGUCUGUCGACCGUCGGCAGCUGGUGCCAUCUCCCAGCCUGGCUCAAUCCUGGAGGUCGCUCAAGGGAGGGUUUUUACGAGGCGACGUUGGCGGACAAUGAGAGGGAAGCUGUUUCUGAUUUGCUGGGAUACUUGGAAAAUCGGAAUGAAACCGAUUUCUUCUCUGGCGAACCUCUUCGCGCCCUGAGCACUUUGGUGUAUUCUGACAAUGUCGAUCUUCAACGAAGUGCUAGUUUGACAUUUGCUGAGAUCACCGAACAUGAUGUGCGUGAGGUCGACCGAGACACUCUCGAGCCCAUUCUAUUUCUACUACAGAGCUCCGAUAUAGAGGUACAGCGCGCUGCCAGUGCAGCGUUGGGGAAUCUUGCAGUCAAUGCCGACAACAAGGUGUUGAUUGUCAUGCUCGGCGGACUAUCUCCUCUCAUCCGACAGAUGACAUCGCCUAAUGUCGAAGUCCAAUGCAAUGCCGUCGGGUGCAUCACCAAUCUCGCAACACAUGAGGAUAACAAAUCCAAGAUUGCACGUUCCGGGGCUCUGGGGCCGCUGAUCCGGCUGGCCAAGUCCAAGGACAUGCGUGUUCAGCGCAAUGCUACGGGGGCACUCUUGAACAUGACACAUUCAGUUGACAACCGGCAACAACUCGUCAAUGCUGGUGCUAUUCCCGUUCUGGUUCAAUUGCUCUCUUCUAGUGAUGUCGAUGUACAAUACUACUGCACGACAGCCCUUAGCAACAUUGCCGUCGAUACCGCAAACCGCAAAAGACUGGCGCAAACUGAAUCGCGACUAGUACAGUCUCUGGUCCAUCUCAUGGACUCUUCUACUCCCAAGGUCCAAUGCCAGGCUGCCCUGGCUUUGCGCAAUCUUGCAUCCGAUGAGAAAUACCAACUUGAGAUUGUUCGCGCGAAGGGCCUCCCCCCUCUCUUGAGACUCUUGCAAUCCUCCUAUCUUCCUCUUAUUCUUUCCGCCGUCGCCUGUAUUCGCAACAUUUCUAUUCAUCCGAUGAAUGAAUCGCCCAUAAUUGAUGCUGGCUUCCUCAAGCCCUUGGUGGAUCUUCUAGGUUCAACAGAUAACGAAGAGAUACAAUGCCACGCCAUCUCGACCCUGCGAAACCUUGCAGCAAGCUCUGAUCGCAACAAGGAACUCGUUCUGCAAGCUGGUGCGGUUCAGAAGUGCAAGGAUCUUGUCCUGCGCGUUCCGCUCAGUGUGCAGUCGGAAAUGACAGCUGCCAUUGCUGUACUGGCUCUCAGUGACGAACUGAAGCCGCAUCUCCUCAACCUCGGCGUGUUUGAUGUCCUAAUUCCACUAACUGACUCGGAGAGUAUUGAAGUUCAAGGCAAUAGUGCCGCCGCGCUUGGAAACCUAUCAUCCAAGGUCGGAGAUUACUCGAUCUUCGUGCGUGAUUGGGCGGACCCCAAGGGAGGGAUCCACGGCUAUCUCCAUCGGUUUCUCGCAAGCGGAGACCCGACCUUCCAGCACAUCGCCAUAUGGACUCUUCUUCAGCUGCUAGAAUCCGAGGACAAGAAGCUGGUUGGCUAUAUCGCUCAAUCCGACGACAUUGUUCAAAUGGUCACGACGAUUUCGGACAAAAACAUUGAAUCUGAUGAGGAGGAUACGGAAGAUGGUGAAGGCGAAGUUAUUGCUCUAGCUCGGCGGUGUCUUGAACUCCUUGGGAAGGCCCCGAAGCAGACCCUCGUGGAGGGUUAAGCACGGUCUCUAUAGCCUACUAGUUAAUCAGUCUCUGUGCGUCUCAUUUCAUUUGUGCUGUCACUAAUUCUCCUUAACAAUUUGCUUCUUAGUCCGCUAGGUGUUAACAGGCAUCGUGUUUGAUAUUAUAUUUCUGCCAGUGAGCAUUUGGCGUGCAUGCUAUGAUUCUUUAUUGGGAUUGCUGUUGGUUGACUUUGAGCUUUAUCAUAUAGUCCUUCAUGCUAAUCAUGUACAUGUUAGAUUUUUCCCUUACACUUUUAAUUCAGUGAUACCUACUUUCUUGAUAGUCGACGGUUCACUUGAGUUUACAGACUGGAGUCGGAAGCUGGAUUGUAUUACAGCAAUGUUUACUUUGCCGUCAACUGCUCUUUAUAAUUGAGAUCCCAACACACUACUUGUUGAUUUAACGGCU